UUCCGCCCGGGAACUCCCGGCCGCACUUAAGGAGCUCGGGCCGGCGUGAGCGGGGAGCAGGGAGGAAGCCCGGCGGCCGCUGACUUCCUCGGACCCGGACCCAGCCCCAGCCCGGCCCCAGUCAGCCCCGACGGCGCCAUGCGGGCUCCGAGCGGGGCUCUGUGGCUGCUCCUGGCUCUGCGCACCGUGCUCGGUGGCAUGGAGGUGCGGUGGUGUGUCACCUCGGACCCAGAGCAGCACAAGUGCGGCAACAUGAGCGAGGCCUUCCGGGAAGCGGGCAUCCAGCCCUCCCUCCUCUGCGUCCAGGGCACCUCCGCCGACCACUGCGUCCAGCUCAUCGCGGCCCAGGAGGCUGACGCCAUCACUCUGGAUGGAGGAGCCAUCUAUGAGGCAGGAAAGGAGCACGGCCUGAAGCCGGUGGUGGGCGAAGUGUACGAUCAAGAGGUCGGUACCUCCUAUUACGCCGUGGCUGUGGUCAGGAGGAGCUCCCAUGUGACCAUUGACACCCUGAAAGGCGUGAAGUCCUGCCACACGGGCAUCAAUCGCACAGUGGGCUGGAACGUGCCCGUGGGCUACCUGGUGGAGAGCGGCCGCCUCUCGGUGAUGGGCUGCGAUGUACUCAAAGCUGUCAGCGACUAUUUUGGGGGCAGCUGCGUCCCGGGGGCAGGAGAGACCAGUUACUCUGAGUCCCUCUGUCGCCUCUGCAGGGGUGACAGCUCUGGGGAAGGGGUGUGUGACAAGAGCCCCCUGGAGAGAUACUACGACUACAGCGGGGCCUUCCGGUGCCUGGCGGAAGGGGCAGGGGACGUGGCUUUUGUGAAGCACAGCACGGUACUGGAGAACACGGAUGGGAAGACGCUUCCCUCCUGGGGCCAGGCCCUGCUGUCACAGGACUUCAAGCUGCUGUGCCGGGAUGGUAGCCGGGCCGACGUCACCGAGUGGAGGCAGUGCCAUCUGGCCCGGGUGCCUGCUCACGCCGUGGUGGUCCGGGCCGACACAGAUGGGGGCCUCAUCUUCCGGCUGCUCAACGAAGGCCAGCGUCUGUUCAGCCAUGAGGGCAGCAGCUUCCAGAUGUUCAGCUCUGAGGCCUAUGGCCAGAAGGAUCUACUCUUCAAAGACUCUACCUCGGAGCUUGUGCCCAUCGCCACGCAGACCUACGAGGCGUGGCUGGGCCAUGAGUACCUGCACGCCAUGAAGGGUCUGCUCUGUGACCCCAACCGGCUGCCCCCCUACCUGCGCUGGUGUGUGCUCUCCACUCCCGAGAUCCAGAAGUGUGGAGACAUGGCCGUGGCCUUCCGCCGGCAGCGGCUCAAGCCAGAGAUCCAGUGCGUGUCAGCCAAGUCCCCCCAGCACUGCAUGGAGCGGAUCCAGGCUGGGCAGGUCGACGCUGUGACCCUGAGUGGCGAGGACAUUUACACGGCGGGGAAGACGUACGGCCUGGUUCCCGCAGCCGGGGAGCACUAUGCCCCGGAAGACAGCAGCAACUCGUACUACGUGGUGGCCGUGGUAAGACGGGACAGCUCCCACGCCUUCACCUUGGAUGAGCUUCGAGGCAAGCGCUCCUGCCACGCUGGUUUCGGCAGCCCUGCAGGCUGGGAUGUCCCUGUGGGUGCCCUUAUUCGGAGAGGCUUCAUCCGGCCCAAGGACUGCGACGUCCUCACAGCAGUGAGCGAGUUCUUCAAUGCCAGCUGCGUGCCCGUGAACAACCCUAAGAACUACCCCUCCUCGCUGUGUGCACUGUGCGUGGGGGACGAGCAGGGCCGCAACAAGUGUGUGGGCAACAGCCAGGAGCGGUAUUACGGCUGCCGCGGCGCCUUCAGGUGCCUGGUGGAGAAUGCGGGUGACGUUGCCUUCGUCAGGCACACAACCGUCUUUGACAACACAGAUGGCCACAAUUCCGAGCCCUGGGCUGCUGAGCUCAGGUCAGAGGACUAUGAACUGCUGUGCCCCAACGGGGCCCGAGCCGAGGUGUCCCAGUUUGCAGCCUGCAACCUGGCACAGAUACCACCCCAUGCCGUGAUGGUCCGGCCCGACACCAACAUCUUCACCGUGUAUGGACUGCUGGACAAGGCCCAGGACCUGUUUGGAGACGACCACAAUAAGAACGGGUUCAAAAUGUUCGACUCCUCCAACUAUCAUGGCCAAGACCUGCUUUUCAAGGAUGCCACCGUCCGGGCGGUGCCUGUCGGAGAGAAAACCACCUACCGCGACUGGCUGGGGCUGGACUACGUGGCGGCGCUGGAAGGGAUGUUGUCUCAGCAGUGCUCGGGCGCAGCGGCCCCGGCGCCCCUGCUCCCGCUGCUGCUGCUGCCCGCCCUCGCCGCCCGCCUGCUCCCGCCCGCCCUCUGAGCCCGGCCGCCCCGCCGGAGCCCGCGCCCUCCCCGCCGCGCCCCAGAGCUCCCGGAGCUGCGAUUCCCGCCCGGGGAGUUUCCG